CCGUGCUCUACAAUCGAGUCUAACUGAAAAGCGCAAACAUGGCGUCCGUAGGCUGUCCAUUGCGUGUGUGUCGCGGAAUUCUGAAGGAGCUCCGAGCUCAAUGUGGUCAUAAAUAUCAAGAAAGCAUGGCUUACACAUUUGUGAUGGAGCAGUUCCGGAAGAACCAGGUGACUAGCGAGAAGCUGUGCCGCGCACAACAAGAGUUACUUCACCAAGCUGCCACCUACUUGUGUCUGCUGAGAAGUACCAGAAUGCACCUGGCACUACAUGAAGAAUAUCACGGCAAAGGCGAGUCCAAACCUGAAGAUGUUGCAAAGUUGGUGGGACUGCGCUUGCCCCAGCAGCCAGGGGGCAAAGGCUGGGAAAACUAGCAAUCCAAAACUUGCUCUUCGUGGAAGAGUCACUAAGACAUUAAGAAACUGAAAAAUCAUCUUUUCCUUAGGAAUACUGAGUAAAGAGCAAAAAAAUGAUAUACUUACAACUUCAAAGUGAAGUAAAAUACUUUCUCCAAAUGUGAACUAAGUAAAGUAAAAUAAAAUAAGGUUUGUUCAAGAAAUGAAAUAACAAUAAAUCUUUUUUUUAUUUUUAUUGAUAUAACACUUGAUAAGGAGGACAUUGUGGUAAAUGUUACAAUAAGGCUAUUAAAAAGAUGUGCGUCUAUCCUAAAGAGAUGUAUAUGUCACUGAUGGUAUGAACAAAGUAUGAAAGGAGCAUUAUUUGUUAUUGUUACAUUGAAAGUAUGUAAAACUAUGUUCUGUAAGAUCACUAAAGUGGCCAGCUAGUCAAUUGUUACUGUACAAUGAGAUGACCAGUUGUUUGGUCUUCAGAUGUAUGAAUAUUGGUGUGAAGUACAGUACAUGUGCAACCCUCUAGGUGGAAUCCUGAAAAUGUUGUGUGGAAUAAAGUUUCAAUGAUUGGAGUUAUAAGCCUGACUGAGUUGUUUUCUGUGGCUGCAAUAUGAGUGUGUUAUCCAGCGUAUGAUUGACUUAACGAGUUGAAUUGGAGCCACUUAUUUAUUAUUUUAUCUUAUAGAAAUUCAUGAAGUUGUAUUUCAUUGCAGUUUUUCAUUAAAGUCGACCCUUGAUAUACAA